CGGAUCUCCAUGAGCCCCCAGAUUGAAGCCUGCUCUGCUGUCUCAGCCUUCAGGGUUUCUGUCAACACCCAGGAAGCAAGGAGCAAGAGGCAGCAGAAGGCCUCUCCCACUAAGGCUCGCGAUGGGAUCGCAGACACGCAGCCUCUGGGGGUCGGGAAGGAUCGGACACUCCAGGCUCAGCGUCUCCUUUCCCAUCCUCCCCAGUCCCUGCACCUGGUGGCCCCAGUAUGGAAUGGGGGUACCAGGGGCAUCGGUGGCCUGAGCAGGGUGGUGGCCCCUGAGGGCAAUCAGAAGAAGGGGAGGUUGCUGCUCCAGUUCCUGGCUGACCGCUUCUAUGACGUGGAGGCUCUCAGGGACCACCUGCUCCGAAAGCGGGUGUCGAAGGUGCACCAGAAAAAUCGACCCUUCAACCACAUCAACCAGCGAUACGGUCCCUACGUCGCGGGUGCCUAUUUCAUCCUGAAGCAGGGAGGCGCGGUCAGGUUUCAGGGCAGGGAGUGGAUCCGGCCAAAUCAGCGUGGCCACUUCUCUCUGGACUUCUUGAAGUUGCAGGCGGUGCCCGUAGAGGCCGUCGAUGCCAGCGGCUGUGCCAUCAACUACCAAGGCCUGGACAACCUCUUGGCCCUGAAGGAGCUCCAGUCCCUGUGGCUGCAGCGCUGCCCCCACGUGGAUGACUGGUGUCUCAGCCGCCUCCACCCACUGGCCAGCUCGCUGCAGGAGCUCUCGCUGGCCGGCUGUCCCCGAGUCUCUGAACGGGGCCUCGCCUGCCUCCACCACCUCUGGAACCUCCGCAGACUGGACAUCUCGGACCUCCCUGCCGUGUCCAGUCCGGGCCUCACUCGGAUCCUGGUGGAAGAGAUGCUUCCUAGUUGCGAGGUCCUGGGGGCCGACUGGGCCCAGGGCCUCAAGCUGGGGCCAGAGGAGCAGCCUCGGGACACAGCCGGCCCCACCCCUGCCUAGCCCUCGGCCAGCCACCAUCAGGCUGGAUCUCAGCGGGACCCGGCAGAGUGUCCCACGGUUCCCCAUACUUCUGGCUUCCGUCGGGUUCACUCGGUGUGGGGGUUGGGCUCUGGCUGGCUGCAUCCUGGGGGGAAAGGUCACAGCUCCUGUCUCCUGUCAGGAGGCUCUGUCCACAGGCUUCUCUCCUGGGUUCCAACCAACAGUCACCUCCUCCUGCCUCUUCAGGCCUGGGGGAGGGUUACCAGCCCCAGGAGCUGUGCUCCCCCCACGGUUUCCCCACACCUGCCCACUAGCACGUAAGAGACUCUGCUCUUGUGUCCAGAGACUCUCCAAGUAUCUUUAUUUGAGUGUGCUGCUGCUUCCUGCCCGGACCUGGCUGACACGGGGGCGCUGCUGGCACGCUAGGGGAUGGGUCUUCGGGUUGUGACACCGCUCAGCUCACCGCAGGCUACGGCAUCCCUGGCCUGCACUCACGAGAUGCCGGGAGCGCCCCAGGUCCCACAGUGUUGCCGCUUACCCACGUAUUGGCUCCAAAUUCAGCGUUCUCGUUUGCUCCGUGAAAACUGACCUGGGCCUUUGCUAAGUGGCACGAAGAGGUUUGUCAGUAGAGGGCGCCCUAGAGGUUCCAGGAGGAGAGGCUUUUGCUUCCUGGUUCCUGACAAUGGCGGUGUGCUCACUCUUUGGUCUGGCUCCCUGCCCUGAGUGCUCAGUGGUCAGCAGCUUCCCCUACCCACCCCCCCCACCCCACCCCACCCCACCCCCCC